AUGGCCAAAGGAAAUCACACUCCUAGUGCUGAGUUUGUUCUCUUGGGGGUCUCAGAGCAGGGGGAUGUCCAGGGUGUCCUCUUCAUGGUCUUCUUGGUGACAUAUGUGAUCACAUUGUUGGGGAAUCUGGGGACACUUGUGUUGAUCAGGUUGGAUGUCCAGCUUCACAUCUCCACAUACUUCUUCCUGAGCACCCUGUGCUUCCUAGACGUCUGCUAUUCCUCCUCAGACCCCAGACUGCUCUCGGAUCUCCUAGCAGAAAGGAAGGUCAUUUCUUACUCUGCAUGUCUCACACAAUUAUAUUUCUACGCCGUCUUUGCUACUACUGAGUGCUACCUCUUGGUUGUGAAGGCAUAAGACCGCUAUGUGGCCAUCUUCAGACCAAUGCUCUAUGCCAGCUGCAUGUCCAGCAGAGUCUGUGUGUUGCUGAUAGCUGGCUCACACCUCGCUGGGAUUGCAAAUGCCACUAUCCACACAGGGUUUGUGUUUCGGCUGUCCUUCUGUGGUCCCAACAUCAUCAACCACUUCUGUGAGGGGCCCCCACUUCACGCCAUCUCAUGCACAGACUCCACCGUCAACGAGUUUGUGAUGUUUGCUGUGGUUGGCUUCAACCUGUUUGUCACCAGCCUGACCAUCCUCGUCUCCUACACCUACAUCCUGGCCACCAUCCUGAGGAUGUGCUCAGCUGUGGGCAAACACAAAGCCUUCUCCAUAUGCGCAUCCCACCUGACUGCUGUGACCCUGUUCUACAGAUCUGCUGCAUCCAUGUACUUACGACCCAGUUCCAGGCACUCCCAGAACCUCGACAAAGUGACCUCUGUGUUUUACACGGUGGUGACCCCCAUGCUGAACCCCCUCAUCUAUAGCCUAAGGAACAAGGAGCUAAAGGAAAGGCUUUUGUGUUGCUGA